AUGGAGGGCUCAGUACCGCGAUCAUCGUCCCGCCCAAGACCUUCCUCCCGACCGACAACGCCUCUGCGUCCAAGCUCCCGCUCGUCCCUACGAGAAGCUCAUGGCUAUGGCAAUAGCAUCAGCAAUGCUGGAUACACACAACCCGCCAUCAAUGCGCUGGAGCCGCAAUUCGCCGAGUUGGCAGACUCCAUGGCAGAUCUCGAGGCCAAUUUCAUGCAUCUUCAAUUAAUGCAUGAGAGUCUGACCCGGUUCAGCGAGAGCUUUGCAAGCUUCCUAUACGGUCUGAACAUGAACGCGUUCUGCGUGGAUUUCCCGGAGGCCCCAAUUGCAGACUCAUUCCGGAGAGCGAAGCAGGCGGAAGCUCAAAAAGAAGAAGAGAAUGAACCAGAACGACCAGCUUAUGAUGGGGAAAUGACCUUCUUGACUACGGACACCUCCUUCGUCGACCACCCACCUAGUACGGCCUCGUCGAAACCCACCCCGAAAUAUUCCACCCGGGGAACUACUCGUGGUGGUACUACACGCGGCACUACACGAGGUGCGGCGACCAGCCGAUAUGCCACACGAGGGUCUAGCACCCGUGGCCGAGCCAGUGGUCUUCCUCGAGGGCGUGGAACUCGAUAA